AUGAAGCCAUUUCUCCUUUUCAAUCAUCCUGAUACCGAGUUCAAUGUUCCACAAGCUAGCUAUAAUCACCCAAUGGCUUAUACUGCAUAUCCUUAUGGCGAUCCAAAUUUUGCUUAUGGACCACAGGCUUUUAAUGAACCCCAAAUGAUGCCCCAAAUGCUAGGAUUAGCACCCGCCAGAGUGCCAUUACCACUUGAUCUUGCAGAAGAUGGACCUAUUUAUGUUAAUGCGAAACAAUACCAUGGUAUACUCAGAAGGAGACAGUCACGAGCAAAGCUUGAGGCUCAGAACAAACUUAUCAAAAGUCGUAAGCCAUAUCUUCACGAGUCUCGGCACCGCCAUGCAUUGAAUAGGGUUAGGGGAUCAGGGGGACGAUUUCUGAGCACCAAAAAGCAUUCACAGUCAAGUGCAGAAUUUGUGACUGGUGCACAUUCUACCUCUGACCCUGUCAACAUGUAUCAAAAGGAAGAAGAUCCAUCAGAGUUGGAAAGUCAUUUGUUGAUGACCGGAGAUAAUGCGUGUUUAACUGGUGACGGUGUCGAUUUCGGGCAGGCGGAGCUCAUGUUUAUGGGAAACUCUUCGAACAUGGCUGGAGCACCACAAUGCAGCGGGGGGUCACUUGCCUUUGGUGGAAGAAAGCGACGUGCUUCGAUUGUCCGGUGA